AUGUGCCCCAAGAUGUCUGGAGCUCAGGUGGAAGUUCACCGACUUGGGGUGACUCUCGGCAUAGCUGCGGAGGGCGACAAUCACCUGACGGCAUCUUCAUCCCCACGCCUGUGCGUUGACACUGUGGGCCAGACCACUGACACGGGGCCCGGGCCACUUAACAGUACGGCGGCCUCACAGCGGUCAGACUUCUCCUGUGCCUUUGCGGCCCCCCUCGACCCCUCGGAGCUUCCCGCGGCCCCCAGCCCUUGCAGGCCCCCUCGCCCCACCCCCUCCCCUCGGCGAGCUGCACGCUUCCGAGAUUCCUUCUUGCACGCUUCAGGAAAAUUCCCAGCCCCGCUUUCCAGAAAGAGCCACCCUGAAAACCUCGCUCUGCAAGGGGACCCCGCAAGAAGCCCGGUGUUUACAGGGAGAGCGGCGCGUUGCGGGGUUCGGUCCUCCGGGGUUGGGGUGUUGGGGGCGGCCUGGUUUCGCGGCGCUUUGUUGCGCUUUGCCGUCCGUGUCCACCAGGGGGCGCGCCGUCCUCGCAGCGCUUCGCCGCAGAAGCCUUUAAUCUGGGGAGGCGGCCCGGCCCGGAGGCUCUGCGCCCACGGGCUCCGGAUCCUGAAAUCCCGGGGGGCAGCCCGGCCCGGCUGUCCCGCGCCCACAGGCUCCGGAUCCUGGGAAAGCACCCAGAGCGCGCACGCAGCCAACGAAAGGGCGGCGGCGGGCUGGAGGCCCCCGUGUCGCUCCAGCAGGUGCCAGGUGCAGGGCCCGCAGAAGGAAAUCAGCCUUGAUAAGCAAGCGGAGUGAAGGACCGCAGGCCUCGGCCUCAGGUGUCCCCACCUCCCAGGGCGCGUGUGAGCCUCACGUGAGGUAACAAUACAAACACCUGUCACAAAACCGGAACCUCGGUGACGGUUCGGCCCGGGUCACGACCCCACCUGUGCUCCUAUUUAGGGGCCCGGAGCACCGCGUUCCGGAACCGCUUGGGGGGAAU